AUGACACACGCAAAGGACAUCUCAAAUUUGGGAAAAUCGACACAGUUGACAUUGGUGGGCAGAAACACCCAACUACAGCACGGAUUCGUCAAUCCACCGCUAUACAAGGGCUCAACGGUUAUCCACACAACUCUUGAUAGUCUCGAGAACAAAAAAGGCAAGUUCUUUUACGGAACUGCAGGCACUCCAAGCAUAGAAAACCUCGAAAAUGCCUGGACCCACUUGACUGGCGCUGCAGGUACUGUUCUGUCACCGUCGGGACUUGGAUCCAUAGCAUUGGUGCUGCUGAGCAUAGUUAAGACAGGCGACCACAUCUUGAUUUCUGAUAGCGUCUACCAGCCCACCAGACACCUGUGUAAUGACGUGCUGGCAAAAUUCAAAGUCUGCACCGAAUACUACGAUCCGUUACUUGGAGCUAAGGGCAUCGAAAAGCUCAUUAGGCCCAAUACGUCGCUUAUCUUCUUGGAAAGCCCUGGAUCGCAAACCAUGGAGGUCCAGGACACGCCUGGUAUUGCUAAAGUGGCCCGAAAACACGGCGUCAAGACCGUUCUGGACAACACCUGGGCUACACCGCUGUUUUUCAAGGGCCACGCGCAUGGAAUCGAUAUCACUGUUGAGGCAGGAACCAAAUACGUUGGGGGGCACUCAGAUUUGCUUCUCGGACUGGUAUCGGCAAACGCAGAGACUUUUCCUGCGCUUCGCGAUACCUACGAGACACUAUCGAUGCUGCCAGGAGCCGAAGACUGUCUGGCAGCGUUGAGAGGACUGCGGUAUCUGCACUUGAGGCUAAAAGAAGCCGAACGUAAAGCGUUGAUACUGGCAGAAUGGUUGAAAGAUAGGCCAGAGGUACUGAAGGUCCUCCAUCCCGCGCUGGAGGAAUGUCCCGGCCACAAAUUUUGGGUUCGCGAUUUCGAGGGAUCUACGGGCGUGUUUACCAUACUGCUACGGGAAGGUUUCCAUAGAGAAAAUUUCGAGGCCAUGCUCGAGAAGACCACGAUCUUCCAAAUGGGCUAUUCGUGGGGUGGAUACGAGUCGCUUCUUACAUCAGUUAAUCCUGUGUCUUACAGGACUGCGGCGCCUUGGGAACACAAAGGUUUUGCAGUAAGGCUUCAGAUUGGAGCGGAGGAUGUCGAAGAUUUGAAGCACGAUUUGGAACUCGCUUUCCAACGUCUAGGAUUAGCUUCUAAGUAUCGUUUGUGA